GAAACUGAUGCUGAAGCAAAUUCCAGAGUUAAUGAUGAUAGUGUCCACCAGUGGAGUUCUUGUUCUAACAACCUGUCGAACAUGACGAUCAUUCACGGCAACGAGCCGAUUGGUGCCGUUUAUUUAUUAUAUAUAUAAAAGUUUAUGUGAAGUUUAUAAAAAGCCAACGCCCUGGAUUAUGGUCUAAGUGCAUGAGGAUGUACAUCAAAAAUAAUAUGUAGCAGUAUGUAGUUUUAGUUCAGUUUGUUUUUUAUUUUUGUUUAAUUUUAACUGUGCGGUUUUAUUUACGUUGAUAAAACGAUAGAGAGGACAACGAGGUCGCAAGCAUCACUACGAUUGUAUGUGUGAUUAUAUUUAUAUUGCUGUUUUAUGAACGUUGUUGUGUGUAAGUCUGUCACUUCACUUGGCUUCCUAUCCCCGCUCUACUCUAUCAUACAAUUACGAUCUACUCUACUGAGUUUAUAUUCCAAAGACUGUUGUUGUCUUACCUGGAUUUUUCAUUGAUUCUCGGUCAGAAUGUCGUCUACUACUAGUACCAGGUCGAUCGGUCACGAAAAACUUGCUGUCAUAUCCUGGAUACUCGUGUAAUAUUUUUUUGUUUAUAUUUUAUUUAAUAAGACAGCUAAAUAACUGCUGACUAGAUCAUUUUAUUACUGGAGAUAUUUAUUUUUGAGUUUGUGGAUACGGAAUUUGUAAAACUCAUUUUUGUUUUUAUUUAUUGAGUUAUUAUUUAUUUCAGAAGCUGCUAAAAUGUUUACGAGAAAGAAGAAGAAACCGCAAAUAUCAACACCGACAAAUUUUGAGCAUCGAGUGCACACGGGUUUUGAUAAACGUGAAGGAAAGUUUGUUGGAUUACCGCUGCAGUGGGCGUCAAUUGUUGGUAAUAAUCAGAUAUUAAAGUCAACUAAUCGACCACUGCCACUAGUUGAUCCUAGUGAAAUAACUCCGACAGAAAUAUUAGACUUAAAGACAAUUGUACGUGGGCACAAUGACCCGCGUAUUAGUAAAAAUAAUGGACAGACAAAUGGUAACAGUAAUGAAAAUAAUCCAAAUACAAAAUUUGAGAAUGGUGGAUUACCAAAAAUGAGCACUGUCGCAAGAUCUAAUUCAUUGAGAUCCUCAAGUCCACCUAGAUUGAGACGAGAUUAUCGAAAUAAUUCAAAUUUACCGCCUUCUGUUCCUGAAGGACAAGAAGUAUCAUCGAGUCCAAGUCAAAUACCACCUUCGUAUCCAAGUUAUGGAAAACCUUACGGUUAUCCAGAUAAAAUGCGUCAACAAAAUUCACCAAGUGUUGGUAAUGUUGGUGGUCCUGGCCCUGGUCUAGGUCCUGGUCCUGGUCCUGGUCAUGUUAAUAAUUCAAGCUUACAAAAUAUAACAUCUAAUUUACAAAAUAUGAAUCCUAAUAUGCAAUCAUCACCAAAUUUAACAAAUUCAGUUAAUAAUACACAAAAUUUGUCAAUGAAUUUCCAAAAUUUAAGUCCUAUACCAAGUCAUCAAGACCCAUCUAAUAUUAAUAACUCAAUUAGUAGUCCAAUAAAUGAACAUGAUUACCAGAGAAUGAAUGCACCAUCAACAAUGUCAGGACAGUACAAUGGAAACACUCAGCCAACACCAGACACUGCAAGAGAUCAUGCAAUACCGCAAAACAUGAUGAUACAUAAAUUACAGCCCAAAGUAUCACCAGUUGGUUCUAUAGCAUCUCAACGACCGCUCAGCCAACUGAGUACUCACAAUAUUAUAAAACAUCCUCACAAUUACGGCAUAGCUGAUAAUAAUUCAUCAUCGUUACAUGGACACUUUAAUAAGCCACCAGAGAGCUCACAGUCGAUGCACAAUUUAUCAAAAUUAGCUGGACAUCCCCAGUCAUCAGCUAUGCCAAGUUCAAGUGCCACUGGCCCUAUGCCAGAUCAUAAUCAUAGUAUUAAAGGCGCGAUGUCAUCGGGUAGUCUUAUUCCCGGCUCUGCAAAUUUAUCUGCUAGUAAUAAUAAUAACAACAACAACAAUAAUAACAAUAACAAUAAUAAUAAUAAACAAAAUGCAGAUCAGCGAUUAACGCAUGAACAAUUUAGAAAAGCGCUGCAGAUGGUAGUCAGUAGUGCAGAUCCACGUGAUAAUUUAGAUAAUUUUGUAAAAAUAGGUGAAGGUAGUACUGGUACUGUUUGUAUAGCAACAGAUAAAGAAAGAAAACGUCAGGUUGCUGUUAAAAAAAUGGAUCUGAGAAAACAACAGCGACGUGAAUUACUUUUUAAUGAAGUUGUAAUAAUGCGAGAUUAUCAUCAUGUAAAUAUUGUUGAGAUGUAUGACAGUUUUUUGGUUGAUGAUGAACUGUGGGUUGUAAUGGAGUAUCUUGAAGGUGGAGCAUUGACGGAUAUUGUAACGCAUUCACGUAUGAAUGAGGAACAAAUAGCAACUGUUUGUAUUCAAUGUCUCCGACCUUUGCAUUAUCUUCAUUCUCAAGGUGUUAUUCACCGGGACAUUAAAUCAGAUUCAAUUCUUCUUACUGCUGAUGGUAGAGUUAAACUUUCAGACUUUGGAUUCUGUGCUCAGGUAUCGCAAGAAUUGCCAAAGAGAAAGUCACUUGUUGGCACACCUUACUGGAUGAGUCCUGAAGUUAUUUCAAGGUUACCGUAUGGACCUGAAGUUGAUAUUUGGUCAUUGGGAAUUAUGAUUAUUGAAAUGGUUGAUGGUGAACCCCCGUUCUUUAAUGAACCACCUCUCCAAGCUAUGAGAAGAAUCCGGGAUAUGUUACCGCCUAAAUUGAAAAAUUCACACAAGGUGAGUCCGCGACUGCAAGGCUUCUUGGAAAGAAUGCUGGUUCGUGAUCCAGCACAGAGAGCCACUGCUGAAGAAUUACUUCAACAUCCGUUCCUAAGACAAGCAGGAAACCCUAGCGUCUUAAUACCGCUGAUGCGUAGCGCAAGACAUACCAAUUGCUGACCUAAAUAAAUUUAAAUCAAAUCGAUUUAUUUUAUUAUACAAUUUUUUAGCACUUGAAAUUGUUACAUUGAGAUUUUUUAAUAAUUAUCACUAAUUAGUUCAUUAUUUAUAUUACAAGUGACUGGAAAUUUUACAUUCCACUUUUUCUUAUUAAUUUUUUUGACUUAAAUUUUUUACAAUCGAGAUAAACAAAAAAAAAAACAAUAAUUGACUGUAAAGAAUGUGGUAGCUAUGCCUUGUUAUAUAUAGAAUAUACAUAUAUAGAAGUAUAUUUAUAUUAUAGAUAUAAAAAGUAAUGUAGUAUUUACACAUGAGUGCCUUGAAAUAUUAUAGAGUAACGUACCAUAUAAUUGUUAUGAGUGCAGCUAAAUUUCUAGAAUUUCUUUUUUAUAUAUAGAUUAUUAAAGAAAUAUUAUAAAAUAUAUAUAAAAAAAAAGUAUUGCACUUAUUAUGCCACUGUAGGACUAAUAAUUUUUAAAUAAUUAAUUAAUUUAAAAUAACUUCUGGCCUUCUUCUGUAAUAUUAAGACUGAAAAUUUUUUCGCGACGAUCAAAAUUGAAUAAUUAAUUUUGUUAUUGCAUUAUUUUUUUUAAAAAGUUUUUAUAAAAUAUUUUAAUUGACGUGUUCGUUUUUAAAAUGAUUUUUUUAUAGUAGCAAAAUUAAACGAAUUUAAUUAGUAAAGAAUACGAGUAAAGUGAAAUUAAAAUUUUUUAUAAAAUGUAAUAAAAAUUACAAUUAUUUAUAGUGACGUUGGGUGUGGUGCAUCUCUACAUGAAAAUAUCUCUCAUAUUGAAAAUCUCUACAGCGAUCAUUUUUACAUAGCGCUAAGUUCAAACAGUAGAAUUUUUGUUUUGACAUUUUAUUAAUGAAGUAGGUUAAUUAUAUAAAAGAAUGAAUGAAUGAAAGUGAAAUUAAAUUAUUUAAAUAUUACCAAAGUGAUGAUUCGCGCCAACGCAAAUUUAGAAAAACCAGCAAUUGCUGCUUUUAAACUGGUGGUCUCGUCUUAACUUUUCGUAUCAAUUUCGAUAACUUUUUUCUGUACUUGAACUUGAUUUCCACUUUGGUUUAUAUACAGCAAGGUGCUGUAUCUUCACUCAUUUUAAAUCAUUUUUUAACAGUACCACGGUUGUCUUAUUCGACAAUUAAUAUUUUGUUAAAAAUAAAAAUAAAAGACAACAAAGAAUAUUAAUUAAAUAAUAAUUGAUACAGAAAGUUAACACAAGACCACCAGUUUAAAAGCAGCAACCGCUAGAUUUUCUAAAUUUGUGUUGGGGUUAAUCAUCACUUUUGUAAUAUUUGAAUAAUUUAAUUUCACUUUUAUUCAUUCAUUCUUUUAUAUAACUAACCUAGGGCGUGUUCAGAAAUACACUCUGGAAGUGAAAAAUUACCUAUCCAGGUGUGAUUAGUACCUUUGUAAUGUUAAAUCGCAUCUCUGGUUCGACUAGAGGAUAUUUCUGAACGCAGGAGUUGAAUAUUUCUCUUCCAGAGUGUGUUUCUGAACACGCCCCUACUUUAUUAAUAAAAUUUAAAAACAAAAAUUCUACUGUUUGAACUUAGCGCUAUGUAAAAAUGAUCGCUGUAGAGAUCUUCAAUAUGAGAGAUAUUCUCAUGUAGAGAUGGAACGAUGUGAAAAUAAUCUUCUGUUGAGUUGUUGCGAUGUAAAAAUUUAUCUGUAGAGUUAAUUCGUGUAGAGAAAAACUUUGUGAGGUUUUAUAAUGUAGAGAAAUUCUCUGUAGGGAUGCACACCCGUGACGUUUUCAGAACAUUCAAUAAUUUUUUUUUUUUUUUACUGUGAAAAUAUAUAAAUUUAAUAUUAAUGUAUACGAAUA